AUGCCUGGCUUUUGGACCUGCUGCACCUGCCUUCACGGCCUUCACCAGAUCGAUCUUCACACAGAGUGCCUGCAGUGCGGCGAGCCACGCUGCCCCAGCUGCCCUGUCGACAACCGCGACGCCGAUAUGUCGCUGCACAGCUGCCACGAGAUGUCGCCGUACCCUUCUACUCCAGCACACUCAGUCUGCGCACACUCACUAGACGCCCCCAGACACGUGCCGUCGAUGAUGGACUGCCGAAACCCGAUCUCCCAGCCACUAUCAGUCUUCGGUGACGUACGGCGACCCCGUCUGCAGGACCUUGCCGGCCAGCGACUUCCAGAGGAUCGGGCGCAGACGCGAGGGAACCUGUACUUCUGCUGCCAGUGUGGCGAUGGGCCAAAGCUGUACCAGAACCAGCCCCGUUGUGUGAUGUGCCAGCACGUCGCCUGCUCCAAUUGCACGCCGGUGAAAUGA